UCCAACGAAAAACCCACUUUGACCGGUUCAAGGAUUCAUGCUCGCAAGCGUGACGCAAAGGCCACGGCCAAGUAUGAACCAGAAGAAUUCAGAACUAAUAUUUUCCAAGUAAUUGACCCGAUCGCCAAGGACGACUUUGCCAAAAUCUCGGCCGCACUCGACACCGCCGGAAACACGCUCGACUACCGCCGCUACGGAGACACGUUUUUCGAAGUUCUCGUCACUGGAGGAAUCAUCGCGCCAGGAGGCAUCAUCAAGGAUGACGAAACCAAGGGCAAGCUGCCCUUCAGCCUAUUCGUGCUUGCCAACAGCACUGACGCAGUGGCGCAGCUCGAGGGCGCCAAGGUCUGGGCCAACCUUAUCGUGCGGCUGACGCGGCGCUACAAGUACCUCGAGCGGAUCUUUGCCGAGACGGCAGUGCACGUCAUCGAGAACAUCCACCGGUACUCUGACGCAGACAACCGCAUUCUGGCUGUCGGCAUGGGCGUGCUCGUGUCGGAGGGCUUCCUGACAAUGGACCCGUUCCGCACGUUGCAGAAGGACCAUCUGACCAAGGACGGCAGCGCAAUGCAGUUCAUGACCGAGCUGAUGCGCGUGUACCUCAAGGGCAACACGCCAGCGCAGCUCAACAAGCUGCUGGGCAAGGCCAAGAUCCGCCUGCUGACCGAGUUCUUCCCGCUUGGCAAGCGUGACACCGAGUGCCUCGUGCGCCACUUUGAGGCCGAGGACAUGCCCGAGAUCAUCGAGCUGCAUACUGCCACACAGGCUGUGCUGCAGCGCGACUUUUUGGUUAUCGACCUUGUCCGCGCUAUCCGCGAGGCCGAGCGCGACGAGGACGACAGCAACAAGGUCGACGUCAAGCUGGUGACCAUAGCUAAGAAGGCCAUGCGCAAGAACAACUGGGAGGAGCACAACGUCGUUGUGCUGUGCUGGGACGCGCUCAUGGCGGCUGUCGAGUGGCCGAUCAAGAACGACCAGGUCGAGUCGCUUACCGUCGCGCAGAUCAAGAAAUACGCCACCCUGCUGGAGGCGUUCACGACUUCGCCAAAGUCCGAGCUGGCACUGCUCAAGCACGUGCAGAUGUACUGCUACAGCGAGGCCAGACUGACCAAGGUGUUUGGCAGGAUCGUCUUCGAGCUGUACAACGCUGACGUGCUCACCGACUCGGCCAUCAUCUUCUGGGCCACCAAGGGCAUCAGGGCGGAGGGCAAGGAGGACUUUUUGAAGCAGACCGAGGCCCUUGUCAGCAAGCUCGAAGCCCUGGAGGGCUCGGACGACGACGAGUCUGAGGAC